AUGUCUCAGUCGCAGUUGCCCAUCAUUCAGCCAGCUGUUGAUAGCUCAGGCGACCAGGAGAACAAGCAGAAAAACAAGCCCAAGCCCAAGACCUUGAAGAAGGUGCUUCCUUCCGGCCCAGGCUUUCAGAUGUACCAGAACGCAGCCGUAGAGGAGCUCAAGAUCCUCGAGGAUGUGAACGAGGGCAUGGCCUUCAAGACUGCUCUUCGCGCCGUCUCCCCCAAUUUAGAGAAGAAGGCCAUCGACAGAGCCAUUGCCCAGGUCUUCAUGAACGCCGACAGACUUUCAUCUCACAAAGCCCACAUUACCGAGACCAUCUCGGGUCUCCUUCUUCUUGCCGCCAAGGAAACGGAUUGGAUCAUUGCCGCCAAGAAAGAGAUGAAGCCCACCGUCGCUGCCAAGGUCCUGACGGCCCUUUACGAGGGUCGAAGAAUCGCCGUCAAAUUCUCCCGCUACCAACAACACCCGAUCGAGAAGUACGAGGACGAGACUACGACUGCCCUCGCCAUCGACAGGUUCCGCAACGAGAAGCCCUGCGACGAGCCCGAGGAGAUCUUUGCCGACUUCACCGAUGAGCAGCGCAAGAAGAUGAUGGGCAAGAUCAUCCGACGUGAGAAGGCCGACUGGGAUGGAGCGCACGUGGAUGAAGACAGUGACACCGAGAUGGGUUUGGACGACGCCAAGGACUUUGAGGAGGCGCACAAGGCAGCCCCCUGA